AAGUAGUGGUUUGCUCCUCAUGCAGUCAUACGGGAAUUUAGCUUUAGUUUAUUUUAAGCGCACGUGCUCUUGGUCUUUAAGCAACUAUAAGGUAUAUGUUCACAAUACUAAAGCUACAGCAUCACACAAAAACAAAAUACCAAAUAAACACAUAUUACACACAUAUACAAAAAACAUUGAUCGUAAACGUAUAUUUUUUCACUGAAGAAAAUAAAUACAAUUAUCUUUUUUGUAACAUUGUGAUUUUUGCGUAGCUUUCGGAUCAUAUUCGUUAAAAAUGGGGAAAAAAGGCAAAAAAGGCGGCAAAAAAUCAGGCGGUAAAUCUGGCAAGUCGGGUGACAAAAGCGCAGUCGCUUCCAACGGGGGCGAAAAUGAAGAGAAAGAAACACCCAAAGAAGUCCUGCUCAAAAAUGAACUCGAUUCACUCACUCAAGAAUGCGAAAAGGUUCGCAAUCAGGUCGAGUUAUUACGAAAGGAAAACGACUUCUUGCAACGCGAGUCAGAUCUAACUCGUAACGAGACUCACGAAUAUAUGUCUUACAUGAGCAAGCGAGCGAAUAAGAGACAGGAAACUAUCGUAUCUUUAAAUGAUUGGAACCAGAAAGAGCUCGAGGAUCUGAAUCUGCAGAAAAAGAAGCUACUUGAAAAGUAUGAACAGGAAAAACAGAGACUGCGGGACAUUGUGUUCCAGAAAGAACAGCAACUGCAGAAGAUCAAAACUGAUAUCGAAGAUCUAGGAAAAUACCGAGUUUUACAAGAAGAACAGCGUCAAAAAAUUGACGAGCUCAAAGGCGAAGCUAUGCGUCAACGAGGCAUCCAAACCGAGAAAAUCCAAGAGAUCCGAGCCGACUGCUUAAAAGAGAAACAAGACUUCAAAUUCGAAUCGGAGAACCGAAUAGCUGAGAUGAAGAUGCAAGCUAGUCAAGAAGCCACCAGGUCUCUUCACUUGAGAACAACGGAAAUCAAGAGAGAAAACAGGAGUUUGAGACAAGAAUUAAUGGAACUCAUUCAGAAGUCACAAGCUUUGCAGAUUAACAAAAGAGAACUUCUGGAGCAGAGGAAAACUCUUCAGCAAGAAGAAGAAUACAGUUUAGACAUUCAGAAGAUGAAACAGAAAAGAAACCAGAACGAAGUCGCGGGUUAACUGAAAACUGAAUUUGUUUUAAUCGAUAAAAUCACCUGAUUUUUAAUUAUUUUACUGA